CGCCACCAUCCCUAUCCGCGGCCAUGGCGUUCGGAAAGGCCGUGUACCUCGCCGCCCUUGCGGCCGGCCGCGCGGCCGCCCAGCAGGACGGCACCCUGCUCCUGCAGUCCAGUGCCUCCCUCGUCGGCGAGCAGGCGCUGUGGGUCGACCUCGAGGGCUCCUUCGAGGAGGGCUCCUUCGGCCAUCUGCCGGAGAGCGCCCCCACGUGGUGCAAGGAGGAGGCGCAGCUGACCUGGAAGCAGAGGAAGGAGCGCAUGCAGCAGCACCUGACCCUCGAGUGGUCGAAGAAGAUGGUGAAGCAGGCGCUCGAGCAGAACCAGACGGUCCCCGAGUGGAUGGACAAGCUCGUGGCCGACGACGAGAGGAGGGGCAAGACGAAGUGGGCGGUCCAGGAGUCGAAGCGCCUCAAGGCCGAGGGCAAGGAGACGCCCAAGUGGAUGGACGAGCUCGUGGAGGAGGACACCAAGUGGGCCAACCGGUGGGCGGCGUGCAAGGCCGCGGAGCUGAAGGAGGCGAACCAGGACGUGCCCCAGUGGAUGGCCGAGAACGGCAGGAAGGGGGUCCUCGAGGCGGCGACCGAGAAGGCGGCCGAGCUCCAGGAGGAGAUCGACGAGAUGCAGGAGGAGAAGGACCAGGAGUCGGCGCUGGUGGAAGCCCAGGGCGACGUGGAGGCCGCCGGCCAGAGGAUGCUGGCAAAGAAGCGGGAGUUCUCGGCGAGGAGCGUGAGCUCGCAGUUCCGCGUCCUGGAGGGCGCCCUGGAGGAGCUCGAGCAGGCCGAGGGCGAGAUGGUCCGCGCAGGCAACGGCCCGACCCGCAGGUUCAAGCAGGCCCUCCAUCGGGCCAGGAGCGCGUCCGACCUGCUCAACCAGCUCCUGGAGCGCAAGGCGGGGGUGCUGUCCGCCCAGAUGACGGCGGCGCAGUGA